AUGCGCGCGCGCGCGCGACGCGUCGGCGCGCGUCGCGUCGCGCUCGCGCGCGCGGCGAUCGCGAUGACGAUGAUGGCGAGCGCCGCGGCCGUCGACGCGCCGCCGUACCCGCCGUAUCCGGAGUAUCCCGAGGCGCCGCCGGCGCCGGCGCCGCCGCGACCGCCGCGACCGCCGCCGGCGCCGCGCGCGCCGCACCCGCCGAGGUCGCCGCCGUCGCCGACGCCGAGGUCGCCGCCGUCGCCGCCGCCGCCGCCGUCGCCGCCGCCGCCGACGAUCGCGCGAACCGCGGACGGGGCGGCGUUGGUGAUUUUUACCGCGCUGACGCUGAUCGUGGUGUCGGGGCUGGUGUACGUGGGGAUCGGGUUGGGCGGCGCGCGGGCGCUCGGAGAGCGACGCCGCGGCGCGAGCGGCCGAAACGCGCGAGGCGCCCGUCAGUUGGACGACUCGGACUCCGAAGAAGAGAUGACGCUGAGGGACGAGUUGAGAGAGUUCGCGAAGCAAGCGAAAGUGAUCGUGGCCGAGGGCGCGCGGGCGGCCAUCGUGCGCGUGCAGCGCCUGACGCACGGAGAAAGCGGCGAACGCGACGAAGACUGGAGACGACUUUCCGACACCAACCCGUUCGUUCGCUGGGUCAAGCGCCAACUGGCGGAUGAUGACAACGUUGACGACGGCGUGGGCGAGCCACUCAUCGACGAGCGCGACGACGAUUACGAAGACUUGAUGGCUGAACCGUAUAGAUUUUCUGAGUUUGCGGAUUACGUCGACGCCGUCGACGCGUCGUCCCUCGACGCCGUCGAAGACGCGGCUUUCGUUCGCCUUCCGCGCGCGCAACCCGAACCAUCGUGGUUCGCGCGCUCACCGACGACGAACACGACAGAUGGAACCCCAUGA